CGUACGGCCAUUUCUAAUAUAGAAAAUUCUUGUCAGGAAUAUUACAUAAAAUUAUAUUUUCAUUCGUUUAAGACUAAUUGUGUGUGUGUAGUUUAUUUUUAAGGCAUAACACGAUGCCACCGGAACCACCUUUACAAGACAAGGAUAACUCAAAGCCUCAAAAGCCAGUAAAAGACGUGGAUAACCAGAAGUCUCAAGAGCCUGUCUUGGAUUAUUUAAACCCACAGGAACCUAUCAACAAACCCCCGAUCAAGGCUUCCAAACCUACAAUGGCCUGCUCGCAGAUCCUCUACAUAAUGAUAAUUAUCGUACUCACCCCAUUCUUUUACGUUGACGUCGUGUUCUACGUAACACCACAGCUACUGGGUCCCAUAGGAUUCACGCUUAACGCUAUUGUAUGCACAUGGAUUUCCUACAACAUCCUAGGUAACAUGUGGGCCUGUUACCGUAAAACCAGUUCAGUGGACUCUUUGCCCCUGGAGCUUCUCAAACCUGCCGAGGGUGAAGAACACCUGUGGCGCUAUUGCAAGGAAUGCCAGAGACUAAUGCCGCCAAGGUCGUGGCACUGCAAAAUCUGCAAUUGCUGCAUUUUGAAGCGAGAUCACCACUGCAACUUCACGGGCAAUUGUAUUGGACACAAUAAUCAACGAUACUUCAUCUGGUUGACCUUUUACAUGGGCCUCGGCAGCAGCCUGGCCUUGGUUUAUAAUUUUAUAUUUGUCUGGCGACAUGGCUUUGUUUUAGUCAACGAGCUGUUUUCGAUGGCUGCCUUGCAAAAUGGCCCUGAACCGGACCUUGCAUUUAGAGGGGCCAUAUCUAUGGUCGUCUACGGGAACAUAGUGUGCGUCAUUUUUCCAUUUGUCAUGUUCUUUAGCGCAGUUUCGAUGGUCCGACGUAAUACUGUGAUGUUCGAUACAUCAAAUCGGGAAUAUGAUAUGGGAUGGUGGAGGAACUUUAGUCAGGUGCUGGGAAAACUCCAGUUCUGGACUUGUCUCUCGCCUGCCAUUAAGAGUCCUUUACCCCACGAUGGCGCCCAGUGGAAAACAAAGGACAAAGAAUGAGGGCUUCAUUUUUAAUAUAACAAAUUCUGGUUGCUAUUUAAUUUUGCUUUGAUAUUUUCCUCAAUUCAACAAAAGAUACACCCAACUCUGAGUCAAUAAUCUCCCUCUUAUGUAUUCAUCUAUAAGACUUCGGACCAUGACCUCCAAGGGGACCCAGACUGUCAGCUUGCCUAAACGCCAUCUCAAGA